ACGGAACAAAGGGGUGAUCCGAUCCGUGUCAGCUCUGCUCUCUGCCUGCUAAACCUCGCAACAACCCCCCGUGAGGCCGUGACCAACUCCCCACCAAACCUGCUCUCCGAGACGCCAACCAACCCCCCUGGAGAUGGCCGGCACGGUGUCCAAGCUCGCCGCGCCACGGCCGGCGGCGCUCCCUGCGCCGUCGUCCUCCCUCCGGUCUACGGCGCUCGCCUUCGCCCCCUCCGCCCGCCGGUUCCGCGUCUCCCUCUCCGGCCGCGCCAGGAGCCCCGUCAUUGCGAUGGCUUCUGGCAAGGAAGGUAACGGCGCCGCGACGAAGAGGACCACGCUUCACGACCUCUACGAGCUCCAGGGCCAGUCCCCUUGGUAUGACAACCUCUGCCGGCCCGUCACCGAUUUGCUGCCCUAUAUCGCCAACGGUGUCCGUGGAGUCACCAGCAACCCAACAAUUUUCCAGAAAGCCAUCUCCUCAUCCAAUGCGUAUGAUGAUCAGUUCAAGCAACUUAUAUCAGCUGGGAAGGAUGCGGAGAGUGCUUACUGGGAACUUGUUAUAAAAGAUAUUCAAGACGCGUGCAAACUUUUUGAGCCCAUCUACGACCAGACUGAUGGAGCUGAUGGUUAUGUUUCUGUGGAGGUGUCUCCUAGAUUGGCAAAUGACACUCAAGGAACUGUCGAAGCUGCGAAGUGGUUACACAAGGUGGUCAACCGCCCCAAUGUGUACAUAAAGAUCCCAGCUACUGCAGAAUGUGUUCCUUCUAUCCGGGAAGUCAUCGCUAAUGGCAUUAGCGUCAAUGUUACUCUUAUCUUCUCGAUUGCAAGAUAUGAGGCUGUGAUUGAUGCUUACCUUGACGGGCUUGAGGCUUCUGGUUUGAGUGACUUGUCCCGAGUGACUAGCGUAGCAUCCUUCUUUGUCAGCCGAGUUGACAGCCUGAUUGACAAAAUGCUUGAGAAGACUGGAACACCUGAGGCUCUUGCCCUGAGGGGAAAGGCGGCUGUAGCACAGGCGAAGCUAGCGAAUCAGCUUUACCUGAAGAAAUUCUCUGGCCCGAGGUGGGAGGCUUUGGUGAAGAAAGGUGCCAAGAAGCAGAGGUUGCUGUGGGCAUCCACCAGCGUGAAGAACCCUGCCUACGCUGACACUCUUUAUGUGGACCCUCUCAUUGGACCUGACACGGUCUCUACGAUGCCUGACCAAGCUUUGGAAGCGUUCAUCGACCAUGGCACAGUUUCUAGGACAAUCGACGCCAAUGUGUCAGAAGCCGAAGGCAUAUACAGUGCCCUGGGUAAGCUGGGCAUCAACUGGGAUGAGGUCGGGACGCAGCUGGAGCUUGAAGGCGUGGAUUCCUUCAAGGGCAGCUUCGACAGCCUGCUCACGAGCUUGCAGGAGAAGGGCAAUGCCCUCAAGCCCGCGACCCUGUAGGCGCAAAAUUGAUAUGAUGGGAUGGUUUGGCACCGGCACCAGCAAGCAAACGAUUACUAAAUAAAUGCCAGCUUGCUGGCUCUACUCUUUAGUUUGGACGUGAAAUGAUCCCAAUUUUCUGGGUCACCUUUGUAUUCUAGGCGUGCCUGGCUGUCAUUGUGUAACUGAGGCUUGUUCCUUGCAACUGCUAUGCGCUUUUCUGAUCAAUUGUUUUUGAGCAAAUGAGUCAAAGCCUAGAAUGCAUUUCCUUCGAUGUUA